AUGCAGUUAUCAGAAGUAGAGGAGACUCUGAAUCGUAUUAAGACCCAUAAAGGAGUAUCAGGUAUUGUUAUAGUUAACCAUGAGGGUGUACCAAUACGGUCUACUCUAGAACAGAAGUACACUUUGCAAUAUUCUGCAUUGAUAAGUCAGCUCACACAGAAAGCAAAAUCAAUGAUACGUGAUCUAGAUCCUCAGAAUGAUCUAACCUUUUUAAGACUACGUUCAAGGAAACAUGAGAUUAUGGUGGCUCCUGAUAAGGAUUAUAUACUUAUUGUUAUCCAGGAUCCUAACGCUGACAUCAUGAUUCAACAACAGAAUCAUAAUGAUUAA